UUGUGGGACCGUGGCGAGGCAGCAGCCGUGGCGGUAGCGACGGCAGGCCGUAGGGCGGUCGGAGGGUUUCCGGUUCCGGUGUAACGUUCGGGCUCCGUCUCAGGGGCUGAAGUUUGUGAGGUCCAGUAUUGAAUCCUUUUUGAGCCAACCUCCUUUUCCUGAAGAAUGGCACUGUCUAAGAGGGAGCUGGAUGAAUUGAAACCAUGGAUAGAGAAGACAGUGAAGAGGGUGCUGGGUUUCUCAGAGCCCACAGUGGUCACAGCAGCACUGAACUGUGUGGGGAAGGGCAUGGACAAGAAGAAGGCAGCUGACCAUCUGAAACCUUUUCUUGAUGAUUCCACUCUCCGAUUUGUGGACAAACUAUUUGAGGCUGUGGAGGAAGGCCGAAGCUCUAGGCAUUCCAAGUCCAGCAGUGACAGGAGCAGAAAACGAGAGCUAAAGGAGUUCCAGGAAGCGCUCGCCCCUGGCCGAGGAUAUGUCCUUGCAAAACACGAGCCCUCCUAGUGAAGAGGGGAUGUCACCCAAAGCCUACCACCGGAAGUGUUUGGUGAUGACUCUGAGAUCUCCAAGGAAUCAUCAGGAGUAAAGAAGCGACGGAUACCCCGUUUUGAGGAAGUGGAAGAGGAGCCAGAAGUGAUUCCGGGGCCUCCCUCAGAGAGUCCUGGCAUGCUGACUAAGCUCCAGAUCAAACAGAUGAUGGAGGCAGCAACACGGCAAAUCGAAGAAAGGAAAAAACAACUGAGCUUCAUUAGCCCCCCUACACCUCAGCCAAAGACUCCUUCUUCCUCCCAACCAGAGCGACUUCCAAUUGGUAACACUAUUCAGCCUUCCCAGGCUGCCACUUUCAUGAAUGAUGCCAUUGAGAAAGCAAGGAAAGCAGCCGAACUACAAGCCCGCAUCCAAGCCCAGCUGGCACUGAAGCCAGGACUCAUUGGCAAUGCCAACAUGGUGGGCCUGGCCAAUCUCCAUGCCAUGGGCAUUGCUCCCCCGAAGGUGGAGCUAAAAGAUCAAACUAAACCUACACCACUGAUUCUUGAUGAACAAGGUCGAACUGUAGAUGCAACAGGCAAAGAAAUUGAGCUGACACACCGUAUGCCUACUCUGAAGGCCAAUAUUCGGGCUGUGAAGAGGGAACAAUUCAAGCAACAGUUAAAAGAAAAGCCAUCAGAAGACAUGGAGUCUAAUACCUUUUUUGACCCCCGAGUCUCAAUUGCCCCUUCCCAGCGCCAGAGACGUACUUUUAAAUUCCAUGACAAGGGCAAAUUUGAAAAGAUUGCCCAACGAUUACGGACAAAGGCCCAACUGGAGAAGCUACAGGCAGAGAUCUCACAGGCAGCUCGAAAAACAGGCAUUCAUACUUCGACUAGGCUGGCCCUCAUUGCUCCUAAAAAGGAGUUGAAGGAAGGAGAUAUCCCUGAAAUUGAGUGGUGGGACUCUUACAUCAUCCCCAAUGGCUUUGACCUUACAGAGGAAAAUCCCAAGAGAGAAGAUUAUUUUGGAAUCACAAAUCUUGUUGAACAUCCAGCCCAGCUUAACCCUCCAGUUGACAAUGACACACCAGUUACUCUUGGGGUAUAUCUGACCAAGAAGGAACAGAAGAAACUUCGAAGGCAAACAAGGAGGGAAGCACAGAAGGAACUACAAGAGAAAGUCAGGCUGGGCCUGAUGCCUCCUCCAGAACCCAAAGUGAGAAUUUCAAAUUUGAUGCGAGUAUUAGGAACAGAAGCUGUUCAAGACCCCACGAAGGUAGAAGCCCAUGUCAGAGCUCAGAUGGCAAAAAGACAGAAAGCGCAUGAAGAGGCCAACGCUGCCCGAAAACUUACAGCAGAACAGAGAAAGGUCAAGAAAAUUAAAAAGCUUAAAGAAGACAUUUCACAGGGGGUACACAUAUCUGUAUAUAGAGUUCGAAAUUUGAGCAACCCAGCCAAGAAGUUCAAGAUUGAGGCCAAUGCUGGGCAACUGUACCUGACAGGGGUGGUGGUACUGCACAAGGAUGUCAACGUGGUAGUAGUGGAAGGGGGCCCCAAGGCCCAGAAGAAAUUUAAGCGUCUUAUGCUGCAUCGGAUAAAGUGGGAUGAACAGACAUCUAACACAAAGGGAGAUGAUGAUGAGGAAUCUGAUGAGGAAGCUGUGAAGAAAACCAACAAAUGUGUACUUGUCUGGGAGGGUACAGCCAAAGACCGGAGCUUUGGAGAGAUGAAGUUCAAACAGUGCCCUACAGAGAACAUGGCUCGGGAGCAUUUCAAAAAGCAUGGGGCUGAGCACUACUGGGACCUUGCACUGAGUGAAUCUGUGUUGGAGUCCACCGACUGAGACUACUGCAAGCCCUUGCCCCUCCCCUCUUGCCUUUGUCUCUUCAGUCCUCUUCCUUAUUCUCCUUCCUAGCCCGGCCCCACUUGUAUGUGAUCUCAGAACUGUGCCAAGCUGACAUUGGAACUGAGGGAGAACACCUUGCUUCCUUCCCUAGUCAGCCUGGUGCUGCCCAUUAUUCCCCUUAUGUGAAUAUGAUUAAAGAGUUAUUUUUAAAGUC